GAAAUUGAAAGUAUUAGCAGUACUGACUCAAUUAUAAACAGCAAUUGUAGUGAUACCUCAGAAAAUAUGGAAAGAGAUCAAAAUAAUAUUAUCAUAGCAUCUUUUCAGGGAAGCAAUGAAAGUUCCUUAGGAAUGACACUGCCAGUAGUAAUGUAUGGAUCACUAUCAGGAACUACCACACCUCAACUACCAUUUAAUAUACCAUCGAGACAAUAUGACGAAGAAGAAAAUGAUAUAUAUACCCCUGAUUAUAAACAAAAUAUCUUAUUUGGAUAUGUUAAUAACGAUGAUAAAACAUUACAGGGAACAUCUUUCUUUGACAAUACAAAUGAACUAGAGAGAGAAGGAAUCCCAAGUAGAAUACCUCGAAGAGUUACAUUUAAUACAAGAAAUGAUAGGAGAUCUCCAUCCCCUGUUAGGGUAGAAAAUAUUCAACAAUUAGUAGCCUCAACAUUAUCUAGUAAUCAAUCGUCAAGGCCAUCAAAUUUAAGGCAACUUAAUAUAGUCGUAUGUUUGACCCCUUGGCACCACUUGAUCCUCUCUGAAAUAGUAACUCAUCUACAACCUCUAGUUUUACAACCACAAAUUGGCAACCAAGGUAGUUCUCGAUUAACCAGCACAACAACUUCUCAGUCAGUACCUAGCAAUCAACCGUCAAAUAAUAUAAACAUCUCUCAGCCAAUACUUACACCUCAACCAGCUAUAGUACCAGUAGGAGGAAACAAUGACAAUACCUACCUCCAAGUCAUACAAGGGUUAGCAAGAUGGCUUCAAGGACAACAAACGAGAAAACAAUGA